AUGUCAACUGCUUCUAAAGUCACUUUUGGUCUUACUUGUGUUUUCAGUGUCGUCGUCAUCUAUGGUGUUUACGACUACCAGAACCGUGAACGUCAGGCUCUUCGUCUGGGUCCUGUCAGAGACGCUGAACGUAUCCGCAAGAAACAUGAAAGUCAAGGCAUUGAAGAAGCUCCGGUUCUUACCCCUCAACAAGAAUCCCGCAAAGCAGAGUACGAGCUCCAGAAAAAGCUUCAGGCUCAGUAUCAACAAGUCCAAACUGUCGACCCUGUUUCUGCUCAAUACGGUCCCUCUACUCCUACAACUCCUACAAAUCCUACUUCUUCCAGUUGA